GUUUGCAUGCACAUUGUGCAGGCCAUCAGAAAAGAGGCCACCCGAGUUCGUGAAGAGUGGGAGUCCCUUCUCUGUUCAGCACAAACAGCCCCAUCUGGGGGCAGUUCUAGCAGUGGCCACAGUGUAGAGAUGCCAAAGUCUGCAGACACAUAUUGCUUUGAAAUGUUGUCAAUGGUCUUGGCACUUAGUGGCAGCAGCGUGGGCCGGGCAUAUCUGUCACAUCAGUAUGGCUUGUUACGUGACCUUCUCAGUCUACUCCAUACUGGGUCAGCUAGGGUUCAGAGGCAGGUGACAUCGUUAUUGCGACGUAUGUUACCAGAGAUAUCCCCUGCAGUAUUCGGCAAUGUUAUGAGUGUUGACAGACUGCCACCAGCUGAUUUUAGUAUUGUAUCAGCUGCCAACAAGGCUCUUUUGGAACCAGAGCCUCAGUUCGAUAUUCACAGAGUUGGUAUUUUAGAUGUAUUCUUGAGCUGUGUUGCCAAAGCUCUUACAGUUCAAGUGAAAGUUAAAGGCAAGGAUGCCUCUGGAGGGAAAGGCCUGACCACAGUGACAUUGGCAACAUCAAUUCAUCCUCGAGAUUUUGUUGGUUCACGCUGGUGGUUAAGAGGGUGUAUUACUCGCAGAUUGGCUGAGGUUAUUAUUCAACUGAUGAAGGAUAUGGCUGCAGGCAAACUGUCAGAAGCCUGGGCAAAUGUGACAAAGGGUGCAGUGGCUGAAAACAUUUUAAAUCUGACAAAACUGGAGGAUUCACACCGUACACCAUCUGACUGCUUGCACACCCCUACACUGUGGCUUGCCCUUGCAUCCUUAUGUGUUCUGGACAGUGAGCAUGUGGAGCGACUGUCAUCAGGACAGUGGAGUGGGGCUGCUGAUGGCCAGCCACCUGCUCCAAGGCCCAUGUGCAGCAACCAUGAUGAUGGAGAAACAGGGGCCAUCAUUCAGUGCAAUGUAUGUGGGAACUUGUGUGCCGACUGUGACCGGUUUCUACAUUUACAUCGCCGUACUCGCAUGCACCAGAGACAGGUAUGCAAAGAAGAGGAAGAGGCAAUCAAGGUGGACUUGCAUGAGGGAUGUGGUCGUACAAAACUGUUCUGGGUGAUGGCCUUGGCUGAUUCGAGCACACUGAAGGCAAUGGUGGAAUUUCGUGAGGGAACCCGGAACAAACCAGCUGGUGUGACAUCUGGUGUCUGCAGGUUUUGUGGAGCCACUGGAAAUUCAGGGUUGCUUGCUAUAGGCAACAUCUGUGCAGAUCAGGAAUGUCAGGAACAUGCACGUAAUGCUUGCAACAAGCUGCAUCCUUGCGGUCACAUGUGUGGAGGCAUUAAAGGGGAGGCAGUUUGUUUACCAUGUCUCCAUGGCUGCUCAUCCAACCCCACUCUCAAGCAGGAUGCUGAUGACAUGUGCAUGAUAUGCUUCACGGAGGCUCUGUCAUGUGCCCCAGCUGUUCAGUUAAAAUGUGGUCAUGUGUUUCACUAUCAUUGUUGCCGCUGUGUUCUAAUGAAAAGGUGGGCUGGCCCAAGGAUAACGUUUGCAUUUUCUCAGUGCCCAAUUUGUAAGUGUAACAUUGAACACCCAGUUCUGUCAGAGCUCCUAGUGCCAGUGAAGGAACUUUAUGAAGAUGUGCGGCGGAAGGCCUUGAUGAGACUUGAAUAUGAAGGGCUGCACAAAGUGGAAGCAAUUACAAGCCCUGGUGCAAGAUUUCAUAAUGAUCCAGCCAGUUAUGCAAUGGACAGAUAUGCUUAUUAUGUGUGUUACAAGUGCAACAAGGCUUAUUAUGGAGGGGAGGCACGCUGUGAUGCAGAAGUAGGAGAGGAGUAUGACCCCACAGAGCUGGUGUGUGGGGCAUGCAGUGAUGUUUCAAGAGCCCAGAUGUGUCCUAAGCAUGGCACAGACUUUUUGGAGUACAAGUGUCGCUACUGUUGCUCUGUUGCUGUGUUCUUCUGUUUUGGGACCACGCAUUUCUGCAAUGCUUGCCACGAUGACUUCCAGCGUGUUACCAACAUUCCACGACUUGAAUUGCCAUCAUGUCCAGCAGGUCCAAAAGCUAAACAGCUGGAAGGAGAAGAGUGCCCACUGCAUGUGAAGCAUCCUCCAACUGGAGAGGAAUUUGCACUAGGUUGUGGGGUAUGCAGAAAUGCUCAUACAUUCUAAUGACAUACCUGCUACCCAUGAUUUGAAAAUUAAAGAUACUGAAAUGUUCCUUGAAUUUAUAUUCUCAUGGUUUAAAGAGAUUUAGGACCAGAUAUUAAUCAGUAGAUUACUGCAUAAUUGUGUUGUUGUAGCAUCGGUUAGUUACAAUUUAGAAGUCUUAUUAUGCUGCAUUGACAUGUAUGUGCAUAAUACUUCACUCAUUUAGAUUAAUCAUCUUCAAAUUUGCCAUUAUCUAUGAAAGUAUAUAUACUAGUCAAAGUACUGGAGAAAAUUCUUUUUAAAAUGAGUGCAAGGUACUGAUUUGCUUGACAGUUUACAACAUAAUAUUAUAUUGCUUAUGUGUGGGAGAAAUUCAGUGGUUAUAUGAAUGAAAUAUACUAGAAACUUUUCCUGUGAA